AUGGUGGACUCGGCGGUCCCUGGAUUUGCGAUGCCAGCUCCGCUGGCGCGUGGUCUUCCCCUGCUCGCGCCGGAGCAGCAGCCGGAAUUUGAUGUGGAUGCGUUUUUGUGCUCGCGCGCGUACGGGCAAGAUACGCAAUCAAUUCUAGGGGAAUUGCGCGCCUAUAGCAACACACUGCACGAACAGCUCGUCCACGUCAUCAAUGAAAAGUACCGCGAAAUUGUGAUGCUUGCUACCAAAAUGCACAAUGAUGCCCAUGUUAUCCAGGAGCUGGGAGAAAACGCGGAUCUGAGCAAAGCGUCUGCCGCGCUUGCCGCCCAGCGCCAGCGCCUCGUGGAGAAACACGGCGUGCUUUCUCAGGCCCAAAGUGCGAACCAAGCAGCGAGCGAGGAAAAGCGCCAAUUGUUAUUGCUCCUCGAUAUCGACUCGGCACUCGACCGUGUCCAGGACGCGAUGAAGCCCUGUACAAAAAGCCUCGCGGCCGAUGCACUAAGCGACGUACUCGACGCUUUCUCCGUUGCUGCUCUCGCCGACGCUCCAGAGAUGACGGUAGGAAGCGUGCGUAUGCAGGAAGAGCACCACACUCCGUCCCUUCCUAUGCGCCUCGACCGUGCAUUGCCUGCGUAUACCAAACUGGAAGCGCUGGAAGCGCGUGUAGAUACGACGCAGUAUGGCGCAUUCCUCGCGGCGCAAGCGCCUCGGAAAGAGCAGCUCCAAGCGCACCUUGUGCAACAUGCCGAACAGCUGCUUCGUGCGCUUUUUGGCCCAGGCUCUGCACUGGUUCGCGCGCCGCGCGCCGAGUCAUUGCCGUGGGGCGAAGCGACGCAUGAGCAGCACAUUGCAUGGCUUCGCCUUGCGCUGCGCGUAUUUACAGCGCUGCACGCAGACACCAUUGCACUCGCCCUCUUUUCCGACUUGCUCAUUCGCCCAAUGUUGGAAUCGCAGCCCCCAGUGCCUAACACAUACCUCUCGCCCGCACUGUGCGACGAUACCCAAGAGCAAGCCUUGCUCCAUUCGCUUACAGGCCUUUCAUUCCACGAGCACACCGAUCUCGACGAGGCGGAAGCGUUGGUCCACACGUACAAUGCUAUCCUCACCCUCUCCCAGUCCCUCCGACCCAUCUUUGCGUGUGCUGCCGAGGUUGGAACGGAUGUGUUUGCACUGUUUUGGCAAGAAUGCGCCGCAAAGCUCGUGCGCGAGCAUGGAAAUACCCUCUUUUUCGUGGGACGCCCCAAUGCAUUCCACCAAAACUACACCAUCUCGCAAGCAUUCCUGCACGCACUGCUUGCGCACGCGCCCAACGACCAAGCGCGCGCUGACUUUUAUACCCACGAAGCCACGCGUGCGUUUGAGCGGCGCUGGCAGCUCAGUGCGUUUUUCCAAUUGGCGUCGCGGACCAUGGUGGCCGCGCUAGAAACGGGUUUGGCGCAGCCAGGCACGAGCGACGCAUUCCAGCACGCUGCUUUUGCGCACCUCUUGCGCGCAUUUGUGCUUCCCUGGCGUGCAACGCGGCAUAUCCGCGCGCUCAGUGCGCGGCAGUGGCGGCUUAGUUUGCACGUACUCAGUCGAUACCAAACAUGGCUCGCAACCUUGCUUUCUCCCGAGCCAGACGCGCCAUCGCGCACCUCAACGCCCAGCCUGGACGAUCCCGGCUUUGCGCCUGAGGAAGUUGAGCAGCUGCAAUCACACGCGCUGCUCCUUGCCGAUGCAAUGCUCUUUGAGACACGCGUACGCCGCGUCUUUUCCGAGUGGAUCGUGCCCAAGAUUGCUGGCCCCGAGAGCGUUGCGCGCGCUUUGCAGGAUGCGCUCGAUGCCUCGCUCGGCCACGCCGAAGCACUGGCGCCGCGCGUUGGUAACGUCGUCGUGACCGCGCUGCAGCACCGCUGCGCCGCGCCACUCCGCCAUGUUCGUGCAGCCAGCACGCAGUACCGCGCACUGGCCACGGAUUCGCAGCAAGGCCACGUCCAUCCAAGCGCCUAUAUUGCGCAAAUCUUCACGCCGCUCUACCAGUUUCUCGGCCCGCACGACGGGGCGCUGCACCGCCGCAUGGACGCUGCCGUGGUGCAACGCUGGGCAGAGGAUGUGGUGCGCUGGACGCUGAGCAAGUAUGCCGACGCUGUCGAUACCAUCUUGCGGAACCUCGAGUCGCUGCGGCGCCUCAAGCGUGGCGCGCAACUGGGCAAGGAUGGUCAAGGCGCGGACAAUGCCGUAUUUGCGCAGCUACUAUGA